GGUAUGCAUCAAAGCGGCGUCAUCUAUAGGAGUCGAGCAGGUUACCGCAGACUUCGAUGGGCAUACUCAGACGCUAGCCGUUAAGGGCAGGCAUGAUCCAUGUGUACUUCCUAGAGCCCCGCCACUGAUUGAAUCCAUGGCGGCUAUAGUUACGAUGGACAUGAUGUUGCGACAGAGGGCCAGGGGGAUGCCGAUGCACACGUUGGGGUAUGCUGGGGGGGUCUGCGGCAGUAACGCUGGUCGGUUACUUCUCAUUAUGGCUAACCUCACUGAUAAAGGAGUAGCAGGAGCCCAUGGUGGCAACCCUCAGUUCCUCAUAUCACAAAUUGUGAGAGAUAGAGUGUACUCGUUACGGUAUUGGAAAGAAGAGUGUUUCGGUCUCAACGCGGAGACUAUACUGGACAAGGCGGCUGAGUUGAA